AAUAAGGAAAAGGGCGUCGGACCGCUCCAGCCUAAUCUGGGCUUGCGCGCCCAUCCACAGGCUAAGGCCCCGCCCACUUCUCGUCCCACGCACGCGCGUUGGCCGCCGCCGCCAGGGGCCGCUGUGGCGCCCGCCCUCACUCGCGCCCAAGAUGGCAGCCGCGGUGCUGCUCCGGGGCGCGGCUGUGGGGUGUGGAAGCCCGGCAUGGCGCUGGCGGGCGAGCUGGAUCCCGAGGAGCUGCUUGGCCCGUGGCUCCGGCCUUCUCGGAGGCAACUCCGAGGAUGGCGUGGCCUGGACCUGCUUCCGGCUAGACGAGCGCGCCUUAGUGCGCGUGCGCGGUCCGGACGCUGCGCCCUUCCUGUUGGGACUGUUGACCAAUGAGCUGCCGCUUUCGGGUCCUCCAACCGGCACGGCUCAGCCCUCUGCGCGUGCGGCGUAUGCCCAUUUCCUGAAUGUGCAGGGACGCACACUCUAUGACGUCAUCCUGUAUGGACUCCCUGAGAGCACCAAGGAGGCACCAGGCUUUCUCCUGGAGUGUGACAGCUCUGCGCUGGGCACCCUGCAGAAGCACCUGACCAUGUAUAAGAUCCGGCGGAAGGUCACUGUGGAGCCACAUCCAGAGCUCCAUGUGUGGGCUGUGCUUCCCUGUGCCCCCCAGGCCCCUGAGGCUGCACCACUAGAAGAGAGGAUGGAAGCUACCACCAUCCUUACCCGUGACCCCCGGACAGUACGUAUGGGGUGGCGGCUUCUCACUCAGGAUGACGGCCCAGCCCUGGUGCCCAGGGGACAGCUUGGGGACCUCCAAGAUUAUCACAUACACCGGUACCAGCAAGGCAUCCCUGAAGGGGUCUGUGACCUGCCCCCAGGCAUGGCCCUACCUCUGGAGUCCAACCUGGUGUUCAUGAAUGGUGUGAGCUUUACCAAGGGCUGCUACAUUGGACAGGAGCUGACGGCCCGCACCCACCACACAGGUGUCAUUCGCAAGCGCCUCUUCCCUGUGAGGCUUGAAGGGCCCCUGCCUGCCAGUGGCAUCAGUCCUGGCACCUUAGUGAUGGUGACUGCCACAGGACAGGCAGCGGGCAAGUUCAGGGCUGGCCAGGGACGUGUGGGAUUGGCCUUGCUGCGGUCAGAGACAAUCAAGGGUCCUCUCCACAUAAAGACCUCCGAGAGCCAACAGGUGGCUGUGACUGCCUUGGUGCCAGACUGGUGGCCCACAGCUGCCAAAUAGCUGGAUGCACUGGAGCUUCACUGUCCUUAAAGUUAGCAGGUGCCUCUGAGGCUCUGCCGAAGGUCUUCCGACUCUGUGUGUUGCACCCCGUUGGGUAUGAGUUCCUUCUCCUGGGAUGUCCUGGGACACACCCAUGUGUUCCAGGCUAAGGAUUGGCUGCUGUUUCUUGCAGAGGGUCCUCCUCUUGUGGUCUUUUCUCCCCCAAGAAGUCUGUGAUUGAGAAAGAGUAGCCAUCCUGAUGCUGGGAGAGGGAAAGGGCUGAGCUCCCUUUUGAACCAGAUUCUGAAGGAGAUUUGAUAUAGUACACGGGCCAAGGUGAGGGUGAGGCCUGUGUCCAGCCCAGUCCCCUAACCUUGUUUGCCCUUGGAGGAAGGUACUCUGUGUGCCUGCAAAGUUGCUGGGCCAGGCAUGCUGGCUUUGUGUUCUCUUGAAACACAUCUCAGGGUGGGUAUUGCUUGGGUUGUGUGCAGGGUGGGGAUCCCUUGAACUGGGCAUGUGUUCUGUGAGCCACAGGGACAGUGUGUCCACUGUCUCAAGGGCUCUUUUCACUCCUCGAAGUGAGCUGCUGUCUUUUCACACUCCACGGGGAGCUCAGGAGGCGUGGCACCCAGGGCUCAGGUCCAUCUGGGAGGAGCUUCUGCGUGACUAACCUUUUUUGCUGAUUUGGGAUGUCACUGUGUGCUUUUAGUAGGGAGUGACUUGCUGGUGGGGUGCAUAUCUCCCUCUGAACCACUUUUUCUAACCUUUGUAAUGUGAAAUAGGGGUCUUGCCACAAAGCCUAAGGACUAGUAAAGUGCAGUCUGCAAACAGCCCCUUUGGAUCUCUUGCUUCAUUUUGGGCAGGUCUGGUAGAAUAGACCCACGGGACAGCUGUCUCUGGAGAUCAGUGAGCACACCAGAUAAAAGCAUCCAACUGUUGUAGCUAUCUAGCUCUGGUUGGUCUUAAACUUGAGAUUCUCCUGCCCCAGCUUCAUGAGUGCUAGAUUGACAGGCAUGUACCAAUGUGUUUCACAACAUACACCUAUGUCUCUCUCUUUCAAAAGAUGUAUUUUGUUUUUAUGUCUGUAUGUGUGUGUGUAUGCAUAUGAAUGUAUGUCUGGGUGCCUAUGGAGGACAAAACAGGGUAUCAGAUACCUUGGAGUUAAGAGUAACCGGUAUUUCUGAGCUGCUGGAUGUGCACGAUGGGAAUUGAACUUGGAUCCCCUGCAAGACCAGCAAGUGUUCUUAACUGUGGAGCCAUCUCUUCAGACCCAAUACAUUUAUUUUAGCAGAGUUCUAUGGGCCAUACUGGGCUGGCAGUGAGUGGGGAGGCCCGUGAGUGGGUGCCCAGGCUUCAGGGUUAAGGUGGGUAACUCUGAACUAUUUUCUGCAGUAUCUUCAAGGUGAGAGAGACCACAGAGGGCUGGAGCGAGGGUAGCCUGGGUAGUUUUUGGAGCCAGGGACAGUGGGAACUCUAAGAACUGUGACUUUAGAGGCUGCCUAGGCUAGGGUUCUAGGCACACUCUGAACUGAAGUGCAGUUUGCAGCAGCUUAGAAGGAGGAAUGGAGGUUGGUGUCCCAAGUAGACUGGUGAUUUGGGGGUGGCCUCUCUCUGAGGCAGGAUGUGAUGGGGGCUUCCCAUGGUAUUGAAUGUCAGUGUUGGGGACAGGGACCUGGCAGACAACUUGAAGGAUGGAUUACUUUGGCUCACAAUUUCAGGAGGUUGCAGUUCAUAGUGGAGUUCAUGGCACUGGGAGUGUGGCAGAGUCCGUUACAUGGUAGGGCACCAGGAAGCAGAGAAGGGCAUCCACAGGAAGGUAUACCCUUCGGAACAGGACAGACCUCACACUCCACAGGUUCCACCGCCUCCCAAGUGGUGCCAUCAGCUGAGGAAUACCAUGAGGUCAGAUGUGAGCCCAUGGAGGACAUUUCCCAUCCAAACCACAACACAGGCUACAUACUUAGGCUGUGCAGUUCCCAGCAUGGCUGAAAGACCCCAUCUGUCCUGCUCAGAUGGGUUGGCUGGCCUGGUCUGUGACUGUGCCCAGUGGCUGCCUCUCCACUCAGGAGCAAUACUGCAGUUGUAUUGAAUAUGGAUGUAAAGGAUAGAAUCAGCUGUGCUCUGGAAGCCUAUGACUGCUAGGCUCCUGCUUACUCUACCUGGCAACUUUUAAAAUUGACAUGGGGACCUCUGUGGAUUCCAGUCAACUUCUUUUUGGGGUGAAGUCAUGUGACUGGCUUUUGCUCCCUCAAAUCUGAUGGGGAAGUGCAUACACAGGUUUGUGCCUCUGGGCUUUGUCCCUCACACAUUCCAGCUUUCAGGAGGCCAGAAAGGUUCUAAGGCAGCCCCAUUGGGCAAGGAAAGGACAAGUCCCAAAAGAGGGAGGUGCUGCUUUGGCUCCAGGCACUGCCCGCUGCCUGCUGUUGGGUCUUGAGCUCUGUCUCAGACGUUUAGAAAAGCAGUCCCACACAGUAGAAGAGCUAAUAGGCAGAGUCAGCUGUGCACUGGGCUGGUCUACAGGGACCUCAGGGCAACUCUUAGUGAUCAGGCAUGCAUUUGGUCUUCACAUUCUCACAGGGAUCUGCACGGACCCCAGUGUGGGCACUUGAAAACCAUUAACUUUUCCACUGUAUUUUGCAAAAAGUUCAAGGCUGUGAAAAAUAAACUGAUUAAGGAAAAGAAA